GGAGCAGGCGGGGAGGAGGGGAAGUGGGAAGCCAGCUCAGCCCGCUCCCUCCGCCUUCCCUCCGCCUCCCUCCCUCCCUUCAUCCCUCCCUCUUCAGCUUGCUUGCUUGCUUGGCCUGGGGGUCCGGGCCAGCAAGAGGCAGACAUGGGCCAAGGAGCCAGAGGCUGCCCAGAGGCUGGGGGUCUGUGAGCCGCUGUGGAGGCCGCUGGACACAGGGUCGCCAUGGGGAUAGCUGCCCUGGGCCUCCUCUGCACGGUGCUUCUGUUCCCUCUCUUGGUGCUUGGGGUCCCCACCCAGGAGCCCACCUCUGGGGAAGCUGUGGCCUCCGGUCCCCCUGGGUACUGUCGCCGGUGCUGUGACCCUGAGGACUCCCUGACCCCCGCCGACGAAGCAGAUGUGUCCUCAGCCUCUCCAUCUGCCCUCCCGUAUGUGCUGCCUGAGGUCAGGCCCUACAUUAACAUCACCAUCCUGAAGGGUGACAAAGGGGACCGAGGCCUGCUGGGCACCCCCGGGAAGCUGGGCAGGGAGGGUCCCCGGGGGGAGCGCGGCCCGCAGGGCACCAAGGGCACCAAGGGGCAGGCGGGCAGCCCCGGGGGCCCGUGCCGGACACGCUUCUCCGCCUUUUCCGUGGGCCGCAAGACGGCCCUGCACAGCAGCGAGGGGUUCCAGCCGCUGCUCUUUGACACCGUCUUCGUGAACCCGGACGGCCACUUCGACCUGGCCGCCGGCCACUUUGUCGCCCCCCUGCACGGCCUCUACUUCUUCAGCCUCAACGUGCACAGCUGGAACUUCAAGGAGACAUACGUGCACAUCGUGCACAACGAGGAGGCGGCCGUCAUCCUGUACGCGCAGCCCAGUGACCGCAGCAUCAUGCAGAGUCAGAGCGUGAUGCUGGCCCUGGGGCCCGGGGACCGCGUCUGGGUGCGGCUUUUCAAGCGCGAGCGGGAGAACGCCGUCUACAGCGACGAUGUCGACACCUACAUCACCUUCAGUGGCCACCUCAUCAAGCCUGAGGAGGACUAGCGCCUCCAGCGGGGGCCGCUCCGGCCGGGGGGUGGGCUGGGGGCAGGGCGGUCCCCUGGGAGGCCUCAGUUUGCACCUCCGUAAAGUGGGCCCCCGGGACCUGGCGUUCUGGAUGGUCUUCCUCUUCUUUUCUCCCCUCCAUCACCCCUUUCUCUCCUCUCUUGGACCUAUCUUAAGAAGCCCUCUGACCUAAACGUUCUAGAAUUUUCCCAGCCUUUUAAACCGGCACGUCCCGGACUUGAACGUGCAUCUGAAUGACUUUGGGGGCUGUGCCAAAAUGCAGAUUCCAAUUCGGAUUCUGGAGGGGGCCCGUGAUUCUGCAUUUCUAAGACGUUCCUGGGUGGUGCUGAUGGGGCUGGGCUGUGGACCCCGCUUGAGCCACCAGAUUCUAAAACUUUCACACGCUUCUACUUUCGGAACAUUCUGGAAGCCUCCAGAACAUUCUCUUCCCAACAUCCUCCCAUUCUCGCAUCCCUCUGGGGCUCCCCCUCCUCUGUUCUCUUGCCCCUCCCAGCCCACCCUCCCGAAGGUGCCUGGCUCCCAGGUGCUCGCUGACCCUCCUUGGCCUCUCUCGCCAGCCCAGCGUCCCUGGCUUUCCAGGCUUGGUUAAGGUGCUAAAGCCCUGGUGGGCGUCUCCUGCCCAGCAGCGCCUCCUCUGGCCCGAUGCCGCCUUUACACAUGCCACCGGGGAGUGGGCCGGGCUUUGGACCCCUCAGCAGGUCUAGGGAACUGAAGCGGCCAAUAUUCCGGGUCAAUCAGGGGGAGGCUCCUCUGAGCCAUGAAGCCAAGACAGGCACCGGGAGAGGCCAAGGUCAAGUAAGGGGACAUCAGGCCUUCUGUCCUUUCUCCCCCUCCCAGGGUGGGCCGGCAUGGCCGCGUCCAGCCUUCCCCUCCCCCCAUCCCGGGUGGCCUGAACCUCUCUCCAGAGGGAGAUGGCCUCCGCCCAUUGGUGCUUACACAGACCCCGGGGCAGAGGUGGCCCCAGUGGUGGUUUCUGGUGCUCACUCAUAGCCAACGGACCCAUGGCUACGUGGCUGGGGGCUGGCAGCGGGACCUGAGCAGGUGCCAUCGAGGCUGGCGCUCUCCCAACCACCCCCCCAGCCUGACUUCCGCCCCUGCCCUGCUUGUCCAGAGUGAUUAAAGUUCGUGUGUCUCUUUGGCAA